UGUCAACAUGGAUGAGGCUCAAGUUCCCACACCUGGUCGCGGGCGCUGUAGCACAUAGCGCACCCCUCGCCAUGCCUACGUUUGCUCCAGACUAUUUAAUAGGGGCCGGAGAAGACAUCCGCGUGGUGCCAGGAUGUUACGAGACUGUGUCUGCUGCUUUUGACAAAGUUCGGGAAAAUCUGAAAACGGAUUCCGGUGUGAAGAGUCUACAGUCUCUAUUUAGAGUUUGUGAUUUUGACCAGACAAACAAGCGGGAUGUUGACAAUCUGAUGAUGGAUCUGGUCGCACCAAUCGUAUCAACAAUACAAUUCAACAACGUCCGUCCAGGUUCACUGAUGGUCAUUCCAAAUCAUACGAUAUCCUCAAUGUGCAACGUGCUGGCCGACAAGACCACGGGACUCCCUCUCCAACGUCUUGCGGAGUGGGCCCGCAUCUACAACCAGAACUACACAGCCCAGAAAGAUCAGUGCCGCAACUCGACAUUUGCCUCCCUUGUCAGCACAGGCAGCGUCAUCAACUACGGCAACGAUGAUGCAUUUUCAAUUCGUCAGUGGAGAUAUCAACAAUGCACCCAAAUUGGGAUGUUCGUUGCGGCAACUUCAGACAGGCAGCCUAUAGGAAACGCAGUAAGUGAAGAGUGA